AUGAACGAGGAAAUCUCUAAGAUCUGCAUCUGCCUUCUCGUAGACAACCACUACGGGAUAGGAGAGAUUCUUCUUUGCUAUCCCACCAGGAGAAGAAGAUCAGACGAAAGUAACCGGGGGCGACUGAACAGCCACCUGGGGCGGUCACCACGGCCGCUGCCCACCGUUGGAACCUCUAGACUUGGUUGGCAAUGCUCCUCCGCCUUGGCUGAGGAUCUUGGAAGGUCAAUUAUAUCGAGCCUUGCACUGUAUUUAAAGCAGUGGCGCGGCCAGUUUCACGACCUGGAGGGGAGGUAUACACCCUGUUACAAGGGAUUAGUACGUUCCCGUGUCUUUGACGGGGUCCGGCCUACCCAGGAUCAUCCCGGCUUUUCACCGGAGAAAAAUCCUGUCUAG